CAAAGAUGGCGACGCUAUAUUAUGUAGCUGCUAUUUCAGUGGUCGCCCUCUCCAUCCUUUGUGUCCCCAGUGGAUUCGCCUUUCAAGCAGGGUCUGGCCAUACAUGGGUGCGCGUGAAAAAAAAUCUUUGCCGUGAGCCAUGUCGACCAUUUCAGCAAUGCGUAUCGGACGGUCACAGUCGGCCUAGGUGUGGUUGUGAGACACAGUGUGCCGAUUCCACUAAUACUAACCGGCAGGUUUGUGCAUCCAAUGGCAAGACCUACUCCAGCAAGUGUGAGAUGCGAAAAGCCAGCUGCAUACUGCAAAGGAAGCUGAGGCCAGUUUCGAAAGACCGUUGUCAACGACGUACAGAUCCUUGCUCCACUGCACAAUGCCCACGAAGCCAAGUAUGCAUCCCGGACCCUGCCGACGUGAGCAGAUCAAAAUGCAUCUGCAACCACCAGUGCAGCUCCAGAAUCAGCUAUGUGUGCGGCACCAAUCACCGCUCCUACACCAGCCCUUGCCACCUGCACAAACGUGCCUGUGAGGAACAAAUGAGCAUCACAGUUCUCCACAAUGGUCUAUGCUCCUUGCACCCUAACCCCAGCAGCAAUGAUGUGCCGCGGCCGACAGAGGAAAGCUCGAGAGCCGGUGAUGAUGUGCCACCGACAGAGGAAAGCUCAAGAGAUGGCCCUGCUGGAAUUGAUCCAUGUGAAUUGGUCGUAAAUACUUGCCCCGCUAACAAAAGAUGUGUAGUUGAUGAAGCAGGAGAGGCUACAUGUGUCUGCAAGACAACAUGCUCGAACAAACAGGCUAGGGUAUGUGGCUCUGACGGAGAGACAUAUUUCAAUGAAUGUAUGAUGAGACUACAGGCUUGCCAUCACGACCGGGAUAUCACUAUUGCAAAUAUGGGUGCCUGCAGGAGUGAACUAUGCAAAUCACUGAACUGCCACCAGCAUGGUCAUUGCGAGACUAACCCAGCCACGGGAUUAGAACGUUGCAGCUGCACACGUGACUGUCCUGCGGACAGCGAACCUGUGUGCGGUCGAGGUAGCUCGGGCCCGGAGCUUUAUAAGAACCAGUGCAUCAUGGAGAGGCUGGCGUGCCAGCUGAAUGAGAAUAUCACCAUGGUCCAAGGAGACAGGUGUGGUUCGGCCAUGAAUACCCGCCGCAGAACUAGAAUCACCACCAGCAGUCCCCUGCUACCUACAAACACUCCUGCUAUGGCUGGAGUCCCUCCAUCUUGCCAGCCAUGUGAUGAGCAACUGCCAACUCUGCUGUCCUUCCCAAGAGCGUGCCGAAUGCAAAUACUUGCAACUGGAGAGCUUGGCACUUGCUCAUCGUUUUCUCUCGGAGAUGGGAUCACGGAGUACAUUUUCAAAGUAGACCGCUACUUAAAAACGCCAAUGGUCAACGGCAAGGAGAUGGCUGCGAAAAAGAUCAAGGUUCGAGUGAGGUCGACGUGCGCGUGUGAAGGUCCCGCGGGGCACAUGGUAGUUGGCGGUGUGUGGAUCGCUGGAAGACCAGAUGAACCCCUCACUGGCCACCUCAUGGUGGAUGUUGGCAACCGUACCAGUAUCCUUGAACCUGCAGAUCAGGAAGCAUGGACCCUUUGGGCAGGCAUGUAUGGCAGAGGCGGAGACCAUCGCCAGAUCUUGUGUCGGGAGAACAGCCAGCACCAGCAGCGCUGAAAAUGUUUUCUCAGACACGCUUUCAACAUGUCACGGUUCAAUGAAAUAGUGCAUGUGGCUAAAUAUAUCUCACAACUGUUCAUCCGUGAUAAAAUGCGUUUGAAAGGACCCCCCCCCCCCCCACACACACACAUUCAUGUACAUGACAUGUUGUACAUGUACAUACUCACAGAAUGAGUAUUACAAUACUGGUAAUACUACUUCUUCCUCCGUUAACAAAAACUUCGUGAUGGAUUUUGAUGGAUAUGAAAAUGCUUCGAACAGGUCAAGAACAGUUUGUAUCGACUGCAAAUCACUGGACGAAGGUGAUUCAGCCAUUAUGUACAGCCUCUUGACAAGAGAAACUGUUAGCAGAGAGUUCAAGGGGAAGUGCAUCGAUUUUUCGAGUAGGGUCCAGAAGAAAGACAAUUUGAUAUCGGUUCGAAUGGCAUAUCUCUCGCUUCCAUACGAUAAGCCAAACUUGCCAAAUCGCCAAUUGUAUGCUCACGUUGCCAUAGCGACCAGCGGAGUGAUGACGUACGAAAGGCUUAGCUCCUCCACAGAGAAGGUCGAUCACUGCAUAAAUUGGUCAUUUUCAAUUAUCUUAUUGUAUUCACGAUGUGAAAGAAGUGCUGUGUUCAAUGCUGUUAGUGCCGUGAACUAUUUGUCGCCCUUCUCAUGCAUUUCCCUAGGCUGACUGUGCCUAGGAAAUGGUUUCCUCCAGGACAAGAUGCUUGGAAUUCGCCGUCUCUCCUGAGACAUUUUCAGCAAACUUUCAAACCUACGACAUUAUUUCAUUCGUCAAUCUCCACCACCCGUCGUCUCACCUGGCUUCAGAAGAUGUUACGAGAGAUAGGAGAGUCGCCAGGAAGCAUCACAUUCAUCUUCAGGAAGUGGAAAGAGCAAACGGCAUGGUCCUUGGUUGGGGGAAAUGCUGAACGUCUGAUUUGUCCCAACCAAGAUUUCAGCAUUUUGUUCGUCACUAUUAAUAUUUUUCGCUUGUCUGCUGGUGUCUCCGCGCUCCAGCUUUCUCCUGUCGGUGUCACGUCCCAGUACACAACCGAGAGGACUACUAACAAACAGUUCACUGCACUUACAGCAUUGAACACAGCCCUUCUUUCACUUCGUGAAUACAAUAAACCAAUUGAAAAUGACCCGUAAAUUCUGCAGUGAUCGACCUUCUCGGUGGUGGAGCUAAGCCUUUCGUACGUCAUCACUCCGCUGGUCGCUAUGGCAACGUGAGUAUACAAUUGGCGAUUUGGCAAGUUUGGCUUAUCGUAUGGAAGCGAGAGAUAUGCCAUUCGAACCGAUAUCAAAUUGUCUUUCUUCUGGACCAUACUCGAAAAAUCGAUGCACUUCCCCUUUCAGUUUGCGUCGCUUUCGCUCGAUUCAUUUUUGACCUGCGUCGCUGUCGUCAUCUGCUGCACGCGAGUCGUCAUCUGCUGUACGCGAGUAGUCAUCUCUCUCGAAUUCGUUGUUCAGCUCGUUUCAGCCUUGCCUCGGCUUCUUUGAUCACACUCCGCUUGAUGUCGCCGUCGUUCAAGUACCAACCAACCAAAGUAAGUUUGCUUUCAAGCUGCGUGAUCCGCCGCGAUGGCGAUUACUCGUUUCCACCAGGGAGUCGUGAAAAAUAUUUGACGACUCCCUGGUUUCAUCUUCGCUCUCCAGAACUCCACGAAACGAGGAGUAAAGGCACAGCCAAACUGAUUCCAUUUUCUCUAAUGGAUACCAGCACUGAACGGCAGCGGCUAGCAAGUCCAGUGGACUUUCUUUAGCCACGAGACUCGCAUCGGACUGCAGACUUCUGAAAGAAUGCAUGGUCAUCAGCAUUCGAAUCUCGGCUUUGCGCAGGUUGAACAAGAACUUGAGUUCAGAAUGGGGCUGUUAAGUGAUGACGUCACAGUUCCUUCGAUACGCAUAGCAACGAUCCCACUGGGGACAAACAAAAGUAGCGUCGUCUCCACCGAACCAGUUGUCAGUGGCAACAUAUAGGAAUCGUGUACAUUUCUUCGUUUCUUCUUUGCUGUUUUCAGUGAGUGUUUUGUUUUCUCUUUGUCCUUGAUCUCGACGGCGUGGUCGUGCUCAUUACCUUACUGAGACGUCUCUUGUGACUGUAGCCAGUGUCACGGAGGAUUUUAUUGGCGUGACGAGGUAGAUCGCUGAGAUCGAGCGUGAAAAACGCUCUGCAUUCGUACUAAUAGUAGCUCCUGUAGAAUGUCUUCUGGGAUGGCGUAUCCAUGGUCAACAAAGCCAAGGUAUAAGACAGCAUAAGAGAUCGUGUAAACGAUGUGAACUCCAAAAGAUAAUCUGGACAAAUAUAUUAUAUUGUAACUGGAGAGUGCAAUCGUGCUUGGGACCCAUCCCAAUGUCAUCACAUGGCUGUGGUGACUAGUGUAUACCUGGGAGAGUUUUUCCUCAACUGAGACGGAGUGUAGGUGGAUGGAUUAUGAGAAAUGCGAAGAUGUGGAGUUCAAGGCUAGAUGCACUUCACAUUCGGCGUGGGAUCUUGGCGUCUGGGACCUGAUAACAUCUUGGUUGGAUGGGUAAUCAAGGAUGAUACUACUCGGCACACCAAUGUACAUGUCAAUGUAGUUUUUACUUUUUCAGAGCUGCACUAUUUACGUCUUGAUGCUUACUUCGGUGCUAGUGUCGUGUCCGUGUGUUGCUACAAUGUCAUUAUCUGUAUUGUAUUCCGUCUGCUUAUACACGUGUCUUUAUGAAGUGUUUGCCGUGGCGGCGAUGUGUCUUGUCGAUCAAUAGUGUUGUGAAACCUAUCACUAUUCAUGCUUUGCUGGCUACUCGCUCGCUACGCGCCGUGCACGCUACUAGGUCUUGUAGUAUAUAGCUCGGUGCUUUGCAUCGAUCGCUGGUUGUUGUUGUUCUUGUUGCUUCUCUGUUGUUUGAGCUUGGUCCUAGAGUGAAGCUUUGA